AUGUCGCUGCAGGAAGCUUCCGACGCUCGCAAGGCAAAGCUCGCCGCAUUGAAGAAGCGCAAACUUCAGCACGACGCUGGCGCACCCACAGAUGCCGCCGACGGAGAGGAGACCUUCAAGUUCCGAAACUACGACCCAGAGACUGGAACGGCGCGCAAACACGCGCGGCUAGACGAGGAGGACACGGUCGAGAAGCAGGUCGAGGGGUUGACGGACGCGGCGAUUGCGCAGGACGAGGCACAGCGGGCGCAGGAGCUGGAUCUGACAAAUAUCCAACCGAAGAAGCCGAACUGGGAUUUGAAGCGGGAUCUGGAGCGAAAGCUCGCCAAGUUGAAGCCAAAGACGGAGCUCGCCAUCUCGCAACUGAUUCGAAAACGGUUACAAGCACAAAAGGGUGGCGCUGAACCAGCAACAGACGAGCUUCUGGCCGGCAUGGACAAGGCGGGAGCAGGCGAUGCGGACGAGGCGGGAUCAGACGAGGAGUGA